GAAAAGUGUGAAAACCAAAGCAGGAAAGCUUUUCCUGCCUCACUGUAUUUGUCAGACUCUUCUGCUGCUACAAACCUGCUGCACCCUCACAUCUUCAGCUCACAUGGGUGCCUGCAUCAGAGGUAGCAUGGAGAGUGAGGGGAUGCUGCCUCGCUCGAUUUACUACGGGAGGAUUGGGAGUGAGGGCACGGAGAGGCUGCUGGAGAGGUUUGGACAUGAUGGCAGCUUUCUGCUUCGAGACAGUGAGACGGUGCCAGGGGUCUUCUGCCUGUGUGUGAGAAAAACACCGUUUGUGUACACCUACAGGCUGGUUCACUCGUCUGACGGCUGGUUUCUUCAGCUUCAGGGCUCAGGAGUCAGAAAGCAGACUUUCAGGACUCUGGAAAUGCUGAUAGAGAAUUACAGACGAGACACCUCUGACGUCAGUAUAGCUCCUCUCACAGAGCCACUGGACAGAACACGGGUACACAACUUCAGCUCCGGGCAAGAAUUCAUUUACAUGGAAACAUGCAACAGCAGCCGCGGCAGCUCUGUCUGCUGAAACUCCAACAAGAAGACUAAAACAUGAAGACCAUGACUCAUCAAGGACAAGAGCUACAUGCUGCAUGCACUUUUAAUGGCAUAAAAUUAUUUUUUUAUUUUGUCACACUUGGUGAAUAAAUUGUCUGAUGUUAUUGCAAACAGAAACUUUGCUAAUUUGAAAGUUGCUGCUGUUUUCUCAUUUGUUGUCUGGGUGUGGGGAAAUUGUAUUUUUGUAGUGUGUAUUUCACACAUAUUGCUAUGGUCAUGUGGUUUCACAAUGUCAGUCUUUGUGUGCACGUACCAAGAGAGGCACUGAAAUGUGUUAGAAACUGCUCUGUAUCAUGAAGGAAAGACAUUUUCUUUUCUAUCCUGUUCUCAUGUUUCUUUUUCUUUGAAUUUAUAGAAACAUGCAUGCGAUUAUAAUGUUUUAUAUGUUUGUGGAAAUGACUCCUGAUCAUAGUGACAUCUCUGAUGUGUGGUUCACAAUCUUAUCUGAUCACUGAAGCUCAACAGGAACUGCAGGGCGGAGAAUCAUCUCUUGUGGGCAAAAUCCUCCAACAUGUGGCUUUACUUUUAUUUCCUUUUCACAACAAAAACUUCUUCUCAGUCAGUGGAACCCUGCUUGUAGACAGUAUGUACUAUGUUUGGAAAAUGAUACCAUAUGUGACACUGAUAUCUCUGAAGAUUCUUCUUCACAGUUUCUUUCAAAGCUGUGAACGUUGCUCACUUUAGGUUGCUCAUUUAUAAACACGGUUAAACAGACGUCAUUCUCCAAACAGCAUAAGCGUAGAACAUCUCCCUUUCAUGGUAGAAGGUGUGAAACACCCCGUACAAGAGCUGAUACACGUCUGCAGCCCGCGUCUGAAAGAUGAUGAGAAAAGUCAUUUCUAUUAUUCUCACACUGAUACUCUCUAAGCGUCAUGCUCUCUCUGAGCCACGAUUAUAAUAGCUAUGAGACAUUAGUAGUUAUGUAUUUUAUUUUAACUUAUUGUUUUCAUUGUCUAGCUUUAAUUUGUUUCUAAUUGCUCGGUGGUUAUUUUGGUUCAUUUUUUUUCAAGUUUUAAUGUUUUUGUUUUUUCAGUAAUAUGAGACAUUUGUUAGGGGGGAGACCAGAAAAAGUAAACAUAAUUGAAUUUUAACCCUCAGAUGGUGUAAAAUAAAUAGUUAAACUGAGGGUGUUUGUGGCCAUUAUUGGCAGCACACAUAUAAUAAAAGUAAUAUACAUUAUUUUUUUCAAACUUAUUUUGCUUUAAUUUGAUAUUUCUAAUCACACCUGAUCAUACAUUACUAAUAAUUCAUUUUCGUUAAUUUCACCCUUAAAUUGCCAGUUUAAGUGCAAAAACACUUAUUUUGUGAUGUAAAAAAACACACACAAAAAACAACAUUUUAUAUUAAUUACAUGCAAGUUGCAUUUCCUUGAAGGGGAUUUUCAUAACCUUGAAUAUGUUGAUAAUAAGCAACAACUUUGAUCUUUAUGUUUUACUAUUUUUUUAUAUUUAAAGAUGUUUGUGACCAGAAACAGAUGCCAUAUUUGAAUAGUGCUAAAAUUACUACAUACAAAAGUUUUAAAAACUUAUUUGCAAUAAUUUUUCUAUUAAGAUCAGACCUGAUCAUAAAUGUCUAAUGCUGAUUAAUUUUUAGAAAUGUAACCCUUUCGAUGUAUAAAACUCCCUCAUGUUUGAAAUGCAAGAAACAAAAGUUUUUUUUUAUGUAUUAUUAAAUUGAAUUUUCUUUAGCUUGUAUUUCACAGCCUUGAAUACUUUAAUAUUGAGAAAUGAUGACAAUUUACAUGCACAAGUAUUUCUUACAUCUCAAGAUUAACAAAAACUGUUAUAUUCCAAAUGGAUGCCAUA